GUGUCUGGCCCUUUAAGGUCCGCCCUCGAGGAGGUGCCAGGCCCUGGUGGCUCCAGGCUCUCCUUCCUGGUCCUGCGGGGCUGGGGCUGUUCGUGGGGCUGAGGGAGGGCGCCGUGCCCGUGCCGGCCCAGGUGCCCCCGCCUGGUCCCAUGGCCCUGGUCACAGUAAGCCGCUCGCCCCCGGCCAGCGGCCACGCCACGCCUGUGGGGCCCCCGGACCAGGUGUCCCAGCGCAGAAGCCGACUCCAGCGAAGGCAGAGCUUUGCAGUACUCCACGGGGCUGUCCUGGGACUGCAGGAUGGAGGGAACGAUGGAGAUGCUGCCAAGGCCAGCCCUGAGCCCGUGGGGGAACCUCCCGGGGAGGAACAACCCCACGGGGACCAGACAGACGACGGGCAUGGGCCCCAGAGUCCCAGGAAGCAGGAACAGAGUCAGCACUUGCACCUCAUGGUGGGGCUGCUGAGGCCACAGGACGACAUCCGCCUGGCAGCCCAGCUGGAGGCAGCCCGGCCCCCCCGGCUCCGCUACCUGCUGGUAGUUUCCACAAGAGAACCUCUGAGUCAGGAUGAGACAGUCCUUCUGGGCGUGGACUUCCCUCAUAGCAGCUCCCCCACCUGCACCCUAGGCCUGGUCUUGCCUCUCUGGAGUGAUACGCAGGUGUACCUAGAUGGAGAUGGGGGCUUCAGUGUGACAUCUGGAGGGCAGAGUCGAAUCUUCAAGCCCAUCUGCAUCCAGACCAUGUGGGCCACGCUCCAGGUGUUGCACCAGGCAUGUGAGACGGCUCUAGGCAGUGGUCUUGUGCCAGGGGGCAGUGCCCUCACCUGGGCCAGCCACUACCAGGACCGACUAAGCUCUGACCAGAGCUGCCUCAACGAGUGGAUAGCCAUGGCUGACCUGGAGUCUCUGCGGCUGCCCAGCGUUGAGCCCAGCCAGUCCUCAGAACAGGAGCAGAUGGAGCAGGCGAUCCGGGCCGAGCUGUGGGAGGUGCUGGACACCAGUGACCUGGAGACCAUCACUUCCAAAGAGAUCCGCCAGACCCUGGAGCUGCGCCUGGGGCGCCCUCUGCAGCAGUACCGCGACUUCAUCGACAACCAGAUGCUGCUGCUGAUGGCCCAGCAAGACCGGGCAUCCCGCAUCUUCCCCCACCUCUACCUGGGCUCAGAGUGGAAUGCAGCGAACCUGGAGGAGCUACAGAGAAACAGGGUGAGCCACAUCCUGAACAUGGCCCGAGAGAUUGACAACUUCUACCCCGAGCGCUUCACCUACCACAACGUGCGCCUCUGGGAUGAGGAGUCGGCCCAGCUGCUGCCCCACUGGAAGGAGACGCACAGCUUCGUGGAGGCUGCAAGAGCACAGGGCACCCGGGUGCUGGUCCACUGCAAGAUGGGCGUCAGCCGCUCGGCCGCCACGGUGAUCGCCUACGCCAUGAAGCAGUACGGCUGGAGCCUGGAGCAGGCUCUGCGCCACGUGCAGGAGCUCCGGCCCAUCGCUCGCCCCAACCCUGGCUUCCUGCGCCAGCUCCAGACCUACCAGGGCAUCCUGACUGCUAGCCGGCAGAGCCAUGUCUGGGAGCAGAAAGUGGGUGGGGCCUCCCCAGAGGAGCCCCUGGCCCCCGAGGUCUCUACAUCAUUCCCACCUCUUCAGCCAGAACCAGGGGGCAGUGGGGAGCGGAAUGUUGUGGGGCUGGAGGAGAGCCAGGCAGCCCCAAAAGAAAAGCCUGGGUCACGGCCCCGUAUCAACCUCCGUGGGGUCAUGAGGUCCAUCAGCCUCCUGGAGCCAUCCUCAGAGCUGGAGAGCACCUCAGGGGACAGUGACCUGCCAGAGGUUUUCUCUUCAAAAGAGUCUUCAGAUGAAGACCCUCAGCUCUCAAGUGCCAAGGAAGGCCGGCGGGCCCACAAGGGGCCUUGGCCUGCCCUGAAGUCGCGUCAGUCUGUGGCUGCCCUCAACAGCGCUGCCCUGGUGGCCAGCCGGACCCAGGCCUUCCAGGAGCAGGGGGAGGCUGGCUGUGCGUCCACACCCAGGCACCAGAAGGUGGUGAGGCAGGCCAGCGUGGAUGAGAGUGGGGAGGAGGGCGAGGCGUGAGCCCCCACACGUGCCCAUGCCCCCUAGACACAAACAGAGGCGCCUGAGCACAGCUCCUGGAGUGAGCGCACCUCAGUCCUGUCCACAUUCCUCUUAGCUCCUCCCCAGGAGGCCCAGGCUCCCGUCACUACAGCCUCAGCACCUACAGCCUUAAGUCUUAGACCCAUGUCCACCUGUCCAAGGGCUCAAGAUUUUCUCCAUAUUUGGGGAUGUGAUAGAGGGACUGGAGGUGCCUUUGGGGGCAACAGUACCCUAGCUUUAUUCUCAGUUGCUGCCUGAAACACACACUUGCAGCCAUGGAACAAAAAAACCAGACCUUCACAGUGCAGAAAGGCUCGUGCUCCCUCCCUACCCCCAUCCUGUCUGCCUCAUCCCCCCACCAUUUCACUCCUGGGGCUCUGCAGAGAACCAGUGGCCCCCCAACGCCAAGAGUAACCUCAGUCCUCAGUUCCCAGACCUGGGAGGUUCUAAGGUGGGGGAGUCAGACCUCUGAUGGGGCUGGCAGGUUGGCCUCCCUCACACAGCCCACAAGCAGCCUGAGUCUUCUGCUGCUGCCCCCAACACCCCCCACCUGCACUGCACUGAGCACAGGGCACUACGCCAAAGAGAGUCUUCUUUUUGUGCUUCACGGCCUCUGGCCAGUUUUUCACAGUCUUAAUAGUAUCUGGCUUUGUACUUAGAAAUAAAAAUCAUUUUCAUAUUAUUUUCAA